AUGUUAGACUUUAGAUUUGAUACUACAACUGGAAGAACGGAUGUCAGCUAUCCUCUCGUCGCCGGUCACAAGGGCCCAGUACUGGACAUAGCCUGGUGUCCUUUUAAUGAUAAUGUCAUCGCCAGUGCUUCCGAAGAUGGCAUCGUCAGAGCAUGGCAGAUUCCGGAAGGUGGUCUGCUGAGGCCUCUGGUGGAUCCUGUUGUUGAACUAGUGGGACAUCAGCGCAGGGCAGGAUUGGUUUUAUGGCAUCCUUCUGCUAAUAAUGUGCUGCUGAGUGCAGGAGCGGACUGUAAAAUUUUCAUCUGGAAUGUGGGCACGGGAGAAAUAUUUUCUCAGAUAGACCAUCCCGAUCUGAUCUUCCACUGUAGCUGGAACUGGGAUGGAAGUCGUCUCGUCACCACGUGCAAAGACAGGAAGAUCAGGAUUUACAACCCAAGGACUGGCGAUUUAGAAAUGGAAGCGAUGGGCCACGAAGGAGCAAAGCCUCAACGUGCUAUUUAUUUGAGAAACGGAAGAAUUUUUACCACAGGAUUUUCUCGCAUGAGCGAACGACAAUAUGCAUUACGUAAUGAGUCAUCUCUUAAAGACCCCAUCAUUCUAGAAACAUUAGAUACAAGCAACGGCGUCUUAUAUCCAUUCUACGACCCAGAUGUUAAUCUUCUUUAUCUUUGUGCCAAGGGUGACAGCAACAUCCGAUACUUUGAAAUAACGGACGAGGCGCCGUAUGUUCACUACAUCAGCACGUUUCAAUCUUCCGAACCCCAAAGAGGCAUGGGAGUUAUGCCAAAGAGAGGUUGCGAUGUUCACCAAUGUGAAAUUGGAAGAUUUUACAAAUUACAUUCUCGUGGCUUCUGUGAAGUCAUUUCAUUUACUGUGCCAAGAAAGUCCGAACUAUUCCAAGAUGAUCUGUAUCCUCCCACCCUGGCCGAUGUUCCCGCAAUUUCUGCUGAAGAGUGGUCCGACGGAAAAAAUGCUGAGCCAAUAUUGUUUUCUCUGAAAGACGGCUACAUUCCUGCUAAAAAACAAGAAUUAAAGGUGACGAAGAAACCAAAUAUUUUGGACAAGAUGCCCGCAAAGAACUCGAAUGUGUCGGCUGGAACGGCUGAUUCGUCGGUAAAUAUUGUUUUUAUUUGCAUGUUUGUUGUAAGAGAUUCAGGAUUCAAAGUAUGAUAAUUAUGUACAUUU